AUGUCUCGCACUCCCUAUUCUUCGCCUCACCCUAUCACCCUCAACGUACUCCAAGUACUAUGGCAGAGCACAGUAAGAGUAGUACUUCCAGGGUAUCCGAGCGCUGUGCGUGCCACAUCAUCAACUUGUACCACCUAUGUACUAACCUCACAUUCCUCCCUCGUCCGACCUGCCCUUCAUCCGACCCUACCCUUCAUCCCCCCUACCCUUACCUCAUCCUCCCCCCUUCCCCCAGUCUGGUUUCCCGACUCCGACAUCACCUUCCGCUCCUGCGACGGCCUCCUCUUCCACAUUCACCGCGUCAACCUCGACACGCACGCCGGCGCCUUCCCCCCUGCUGAGCUUGCUUGCCACGCCACUGAGGCCGUCGACCUAACGGAGGAUGGAGUCACGCUCGAGCUGCUAUUUCAGUUCAUCUACCCAUGGCGGCAGCCGACGCUCGAGGGUGUCCCGUUUGAGAGGCUGGACGCACUGGCGGAGGCGGCGGAGAAGUAUGAGGUGUUCAGCGCGAUGGGGAUUUGUAGGAUUAGGAUGAGGGAGACACUACCUGACCACCCAGUGGAGAUCAUGAACUAUGCGGCGCGGCAUUCAUAUUUUGAAAUUUUGGAUGCGGCGGCGCCGCUCACAAUUAGCCUGCCAGUGUCGGAGGUCCUGAAGUCGCUGUCCGGGUUGUUCGUCGUGCCAUAUGUGCGUCCGACUCUCUCGCCUGUCCUAUCUGCCCCGAAAGGCCAAUUGACACCCCAUAGAUGCUCUACCUCGAAGCCUGGCGCAACGUCCUCGCAUCCGCAUGUCGGUGCGCACCGCUGGGCCACCGCGGCGGGUACGAGGCUUGCGUGA